UUAUACUUUACGCUCUAUUUUUGAUUUCCUCCUCCUCCUCCUCCUCCUCCUCUGCAUUGAUUGAUUCUCUCCCUAACCUAACCAAACCUAACCAGAAAAAGAAGAUGAGUGGGAUAGAACCAGACAUGGAAGAUCUGUUCCAGGAGAAGAAGCGUGUUAGGAACCCUCUUGUCCCUCUCGGUGCGUUUGCGACGGCGGGAGUGCUAACGGCUGGGCUGAUUAGUUUCAGAAGAGGGAACUCUCAGUUGGGUCAGGUUUUGAUGAGAGCUAGAGUGGUCGUCCAAGGUGCCACUGUCGCUCUUAUGGUUGGAACCGCUUACUACUACGGUGAUAAUCCCUGGAAGAAAUGAGCUGCUUUGCUACUUGUGAGAUCACACACUCGGGGUCAGAAGAAGAGGUAUGUGCUGCUCUCUUUGAGCGUCAGAAAAGUCUUCCGUCUUAGGAUUUAUUACUUUGCAAGGGUACACAUCAAAUGAGUUUUGAAUAAUUAAGAACUAAAAACAAGUUGUUUUCUUUCUUGAUCAAUUUGAUUAUAUUGAUUCAAGGGCAUUUUCAGAAACCCAUGAUUACUCUUUAUCUACCGAAAUCUAUAUUAUCACUAUUUUUUUUUCA